GGAAAUAGAAACAAAGUUGGUCACAAAUCACAGUGGCUUUGCCCGAAGUCCUCCCCCGCACUCUUCUUUAGUACGGUACCAUGGGGAAAGUGACCAGUCCUGCAGGCGGUGCAGGACACGGUGGUUUAGUGGCGAGAGAGAGGCUGUGACUUCUACGUGACCAUGGUACCUGUUGAAAACAUAGAGGGCCCCACGCUGCUAAACCAGAAAGGGAGAGAGGUGGAGAGCGACCGCAGCGACGGAGCCAGACGCGGCCGGCAUCCUGCCUGCGCGGGAGGUUGCAGCAUGUUUACUUUCCUGACAUCUGUCACUGCGGCUCUCAGUGGGCUCCUGGUAGGUUAUGAACUUGGGCUCAUCUCUGGGGCUCUUCUGCAGAUCAGAACCCUGUUGGCCCUGACCUGUCAUGAGCAGGAAAUGGUUGUGAGCUCCCUGCUCAUUGGGGCUUUCCUCGCCUCUCUCACUGGAGGGAUUCUGAUAGACCGAUAUGGACGAAGGACUGCAAUCAUUUUGUCAUCUUGUCUACUCGGACUUGGAAGCUUGGUCUUGGUCCUCAGUUCGUCCUACAUAAUUCUCAUCAUGGGACGUAUAGCCAUUGGAGUCUCCAUUUCUUUAUCUUCCAUUGCUACCUGUGUAUACAUUGCUGAGAUUGCUCCGCAACACAGAAGAGGCCUCCUUGUGUCACUGAAUGAGCUGAUGAUUGUCAUUGGCAUCCUUUUUGCCUAUAUUUCAAAUUAUGCAUUUGCCAGUGUCUCUCACGGCUGGAAGUAUAUGUUUGGUCUUGUGAUUCCCUUAGGAAUUUUGCAGGCAAUUGCAAUGUACUUUCUCCCUCCAAGCCCUCGAUUUCUGGUGAUGAAAGGGCGAGAAGAAGCUGCUAGCGAGGUGCUUGGAAGAUUAAGAGCAAUCUCAGACACAACUGAGGAGCUUACUGUGAUAAAAUCUUCCUUAAAAGAUGAGUAUCAGUAUGGUUUUUGUGAUCUGUUUCGGACCAAAGACAAUAUGAGGACUCGGAUAAUGAUAGGUCUAACACUGGUAUUUUUUGUACAAAUCACUGGCCAGCCAAACAUAUUAUUUUAUGCAUCAACUGUUUUGAAGUCUGUUGGCUUUGAAAGUAAUGAGGCAGCUAGUCUGGCUUCCACUGGAGUUGGGGUGGUCAAGGUCAUAAGCACCAUCCCGGCCACUCUUCUUGUAGACCAUAUCGGCAGUAAAACCUUCCUCUGCAUUGGUUCAUCCAUGAUGGCAGCUUCGUUGCUGACUAUGGGUAUUGUGAAUCUUAACAUCCACAUGGAUUUCACAAAUAUCUGCAAAAGCCACAUCCCCAGUAACCAGUCCUUGGAUGAGCCUUUGCUUUAUGAAGCAGGAAACCUGUCAGCCAGCAACAAUAUUCUCAGAGAGCACUUUAAAGAAAUCACUUCCCACAGCAGAAGCUCACUUACUCCCAUGGGAAAUGACAUGGAUACGAAAGGGGAGAUGAACUCCACAUUCUCACCAAAUUCUGGACUACACCAAACUGAAUACCAGAUAGCCACAGACCCUGCAGAUGUCCCAGCUUCUUUGAAAUGGCUGUCUUUAGCCAGUUUGCUCGUUUAUGUUGCUGCUUUUUCAAUUGGUCUAGGACCAAUGCCCUGGUUGGUGCUCAGUGAGAUCUUUCCGGGUGGAAUUAGAGGACGAGCCAUGGCUCUAACCUCUAGCAUGAACUGGGGCAUCAAUCUCCUCAUCUCACUCACAUUUUUGACAGUAACAGAUCUUAUUGGCCUGCCGUGGGUAUGCUUUAUGUAUGCAUUCAUGAGUCUAGCAUGUCUGGGUUUUGUUAUUAUGUUUAUACCUGAGACAAAGGGAUGCUCUCUGGAACAAAUAUCAAUGGAGCUAGCAAAAGCGAAUUAUGUGAAAAACAACAUUUGUUUUAUGAGUCAUCACCGAAAAGAAUUAGUGCCAACACAGCUUCAAAAAAGCAAACCCCAAGAGCAGCUUCUGGAGUGUAAAAAGCUGUGUGGAAGGGGAAAACCAAAGCAGCUUUCUCCAGAGACCUAAGGCCUCAAAUCAUUACAAAGGUUGAUACAAAUGUUUGCAGGGCGUCUUUGUACCUGUGAAUAUUUGCCACUCCCAUGCUUUCACUUGUGUCAUGGAACUGUUUUGAAAAAGAUACCCUGAUAUUAUAAUGACAACCACUAAUCCCUGUUUUAAAGGAACCUCAAGAGGUAGAUGAGGAACAACGUCCUAAGCAACUCUUGCUUAUUCAGGAUAGCAGGUUAAACAAACAAAGAUGAAAACUGGCUGAUUCAAUACUUUCUACCUUUUAGCAUAGCCACCUUUGAAAGAUUAAGUCAAAGGGACGAGAUCAAUCUUGGCCUUAAACUUUGUCUGUAUGAAACCAGUCAGUUUUAUUACUUAGACACAGGUGUUCUGGACACAAGGCAGACAAUUUAAUUGCAUUCUAGAUUACAAGAGUGUCCUGCUAGGAUUUUAGUGUUAAUUCCUAGUUAAAGUUCCACAAGGAUUAUACAAUUUAUUUUACAAAGUGAAAUUUAAUGCAAAAUAUAUUACUUUUAUGGAUUUUUAACAGUAUAAAGUAUUAAACAAUUCUGUAAUACUUGAGAAAAAUAAGCAUUUUUCAUCUUUUUUUUUAAUGACUAGAAAGAUAAAUUUGAAAAUCCUGGGACCAUAUUUGUUAAGAAGUAGCUGUUAGUAAACUAGGAGUCAGCCCACAGAUUAUUUAUCCAAAUUGCUAAGCAAUUAGGUUUAAAUUAUUAAAUCAAAUCUAAAAAAUUCUCUCCUUGAAGCUUUCAUGACGAGUUAUAGUAAUCGCAGUUUCCUGCAGUUCUUCUACUCCUCAGGAAUAUCUCUACCUCAGGUUAUGGCAGACAGACUAUAAUCGAUGCUGACUCUCAGAUGAAUUUAGACAUAAUAAAUAAAUGACAUUCAGACAUCUGGACAAUUCACUACUCAUAUUCUUUAAUAGAAAAAUCCAUUAAUAAGAAUCUUAAAACACUGAAAUAGUAACCUAUCAGAGUACCAAUACAAACUAUGGAAGACAAUACAAAAACUUAAAAGCACAACCAACCUAACAUAAAAAAAUUCAAAAAAUAUGAUGAAACAGAAGAAAAAAAUAUUCUACGAGCUCAGACUCUUUGUUAGCUUGACAUUUUCCCCUCUGACCCCUUACAAACUGUCCCUGUUUUAUAUAAGGGAAUCCACUUAUGUACAUUUCCUCAUAACAAACUGGACAGACUAUAAACCUAUGUAAACAAUGGUAAAAUGAUAAUAUCAAAGACUCAGGAGAAUGACUAAAAGUCCAUGUUUUGAAAUGUAUUAUCCAAAUUAACAUGGGCAAGAAGAUGGCAAAAGGAGAUUUGAGACCUUGGUUCUGUCACAGUACAUUUUGUAUACAAGUUAGAACAUGUAUUAUGUUUUGUUUAAGAAAGAGAAGGGAAGGUGUGUUCCACAAAGAAUCAAUUUAACUCAUAGAGAGCUUUGGUGGAAUCUAUGCCAAAGUUUUUUUUUUUUUUAACUCGACUCAUUUAUGAGUAUGAACUUUUUCUUUUUUGAUAAGCAUCAUGCAGAUUGUAAGAUAUUUAAGAAAGUUGCUUCAUGAUUCUUUUCAAUUCCAAACAAUACAUACUUUAACUAUUUCUUUGUUUGGCUAUUCAUUGUAAACGGGAAAAAAUAAACCUAGCUGGUUUAUUACUGACUUCAGCUUCAGUAUCUUCAACAUUCUUUUAUGUAUUUUUUUAUCCUCUAUGUAUAACUAAAGAAUUUUGUCUUCCAUUCAUUUUUACCCAAUACCCAUCCCUCCCCACACCAAAUGAAGCUUACUGAUUUGCAAAAAUAAAAGGGGAGAAUGCUUAUAAUUUGUAUGUAUAUAUUCACAGUUUUUAUUUAUAUAAAAAAUUUACAGUACUUGUGGAAAGCCAGCAGAAGACAUCAAACACACUCACAUCUUCCCAGCUUUGUUCUGUUUAGAGGAUUACCCACGGACACUGUCAGAGGUGCUCCUGCCGUGGCUGAAUCUAGCCAUAGUCAGGCUGUCUUUUCUCCCCUCUCAGAUAAAGCAUUUUCAUGAGCUACUACUGACCAGUUUUCAAGUCAUCUGAAUACUGAACACGUUAUAUCAUCUGGAUCUGUACCUUGGCUAAAUAAUUAUAUUUUUCCCUAUUCCAUAUAGAUAUAUAUUUUUUGUGAACCCUGCAAAAUAGAAGUUCACCUUAUUACUGUCAAUUAAAAUUAAGUGGAAAAAUCUCAGUUUUAAAAGUCUGCCUAUAACUUUUUAUCUAUUUUUAUUCUCUGUAUUUAUGAGUUUAGCUCUCCUACUGAUCUUAAAAAUAAAGCAAAUAAACACAAACUGUAAAAAAGAAUCAAAGUUUAAAAGUCACACUUAAAUCUUUCACGUGAAAGUAUAAAAGUUAGCCUUUACCUCCCACUUUUGAAGGACAGGCAGGGUAGGUGCAGGCUUUGAGAAGAGAAAAAGAAACAAAAUAAUAUAUACUAUUCAGUGCAGUACUUAAGUCAGAUUUUCAACACUUUAUACUAUGAUAAAUACAGAGGUUCAAAUGUUUCAAGUCUUUACUUGUCAAGAAAUUUUGGUAAUUCAGGUUUUCACGGAAGAUUGUGUUGGAAUAUUGUCUCUGUUAAGUUUCUACUGAGAAGCUAUUCUGACUCUACUACACAGGUUGUAUUUCUAGGAGAAGUCACUGGUUUACACCAGACUCAAAAAGUAAUAGAGCACAAAUGCUGCCUGCUCCUCUUACUACUGUAGGACUCCCGCAGGAGCGAGGACAAUGCUCACUGAUGUGUGUGUG